CGAAAGCACCCUUAUUAGCUAGAGUCAAGGCCCAUUUAGUUUAAAUUCUAAUAAAAUAUAAUGCGUGAAGUUAUCUCAGUCCACGUCGGUCAAGCUGGUGUCCAAAUUGGUAAUGCCUGUUGGGAACUCUACACCGUUGAACACGGUCUCUCCCCAGAUGGUCGCUUGAUGCCAGACUCACCAUCAGCUAACGACGACGGUUUUUCCACUUUCUUCUCUGAGACAGGCUCAGGUAAACACGUACCACGUUCGAUUUACGUCGAUCUCGAGCCAAACGUAGUUGACGAAGUUAGAACUGGUACCUACAGAUCACUUUUCCACCCAGAGACACUCGUUACUGGUAAGGAAGAUGCAGCAAACAACUACGCCCGUGGUCACUACACCGUUGGUAAGGAGCUUGUUGACUCAGUACUCGACAGAGUACGUCGUCUUGCAGACAACUGUUCAGGUCUUCAAGGUUUCUUCGUCUUCCACUCAUUCGGUGGUGGUACCGGUUCAGGUUUCGGUGCACUCCUCCUUGAACGUCUCUCACUUGACUACGGAAAGAAAUCAAAGCUUGAAUUCUCAGUUUACCCAUCACCAAAGAUGUCAACUUCCGUCGUUGAACCAUACAACAGUGUUCUUACAACUCACACUACCCUUGAACACUCAGACUGUUCAUUCAUGGUUGACAACGAAGCAAUCUAUGACAUUUGCCGUAACAGACUCGGAAUUCAAAGCCCAUCAUACACAAACUUAAACAGAUUGAUCGCUCAAGUUGUAUCAUCAGUUACUGCUUCACUUCGUUUCGAUGGUUCACUUAACGUUGACCUUAACGAAUUCCAAACCAACUUGGUUCCAUUCCCACGUAUUCACUUCCCACUCGCUUCAUACGCACCAAUUAUCUCUGCUGAGAAGGCUACUCACGAGCAAAACUCAGUCUCAGAAAUGACAUUCUCAUGCUUUGACCCAGGUAACCAAAUGGUUAAGUGUGACCCACGUCAAGGCAAAUAUAUGGCAUGUUGUCUUCUUUACAGAGGUGAUGUUGUACCAAAGGAUGCUAACGCAUCAGUUGCAACCAUCAAAACUAAGCGUACAAUUCAAUUCGUUGACUGGUGUCCAACUGGUUUCAAGCUUGGUAUCUGUAAUGAAGCACCUGCAUUGGUUCCAGGUGGUGAUCUCGCUAAGGUUUCAAGAUCAUUAUGUAUGCUUUCAAACACUACAGCUAUCGCAAACGCAUGGGCACGCCUUGACCACAAAUUCGACUUACUUUACUCCAAGCGUGCCUUCGUUCACUGGUACGUUGGUGAAGGUAUGGAAGAAGGUGAAUUCUCUGAAGCAAGAGAAGACCUUGCUGCACUUGAGAAAGACUACGAAGAAGUUGGCGUCGACUCUGCAGACGGCGUUGAAGAAGAGGUUGAAUAUUAAAAAUAAAAUUAUUUGAUAUCCAGAUUUGUUAAAUUUAAACAUUUUUAUAUUCUUUAACCUUCA